CUGUGCGGAUAUUAUACGGGGCUGGUGUGUUAUUACUUCCGGGAGGAGCUAAGAUGGCGAGCCGCGCGCUGCUGGUGGCGCGAGGAGGACUCUGCGGUGGUGUUAUCGGCCUCCGUGGCUGCCUGACUCGUUAUCUGCACAGUGUUAUAGCCACGCCAUCCUUGCCCACCACAGCCUUCCAUGGCCAAACUGUCCUUGCACGAAGUUUUGCAGUUGAAGCAAAGAAGACAUUUGUACGAGACAAACCACACGUCAAUGUUGGAACUAUUGGGCAUGUGGACCACGGCAAGACCACAUUAACAGCAGCCAUCACCAAAAUUUUGGAAGAGGCUGGAGGUGCGAGGUUCAAGAAAUAUGAAGAAAUUGAUAAUGCACCAGAAGAGAAGGCACGUGGAAUCACAAUCAAUGCCUCACAUGUCGAAUAUUCAACAGCCAACCGCCAUUAUUCCCACACAGAUUGUCCUGGGCAUGCUGAUUAUGUCAAGAACAUGAUCACUGGAACAGCACCACUGGAUGGCUGUAUCCUUGUAGUGGCUGCAACAGAUGGACAGAUGCCGCAGACAAAGGAGCACCUUCUGCUUGCUAGACAGAUAGGAGUGAAGGAUGUUGUAGUGUAUAUCAACAAAGCUGAUGCAGUCGAUGAUCCAGAGAUGUUGGAGUUGGUGGAGCUGGAGAUCCGUGAGCUGCUCACAGAGUUUGGCUAUCAGGGAGAGACAACUCCUGUUGUUGUAGGCUCUGCUCUGUGUGCCUUGGAGCACCGAAACCCAGAGUUGGGUUUGAACUCUAUAAUGAAGCUGUUGGAUGUGGUGGAUACACACAUCCCUUUGCCACAGCGUGAGCUUGACAAACCCUUCCUGCUUCCCAUAGAGCACACUUACUCCAUACCAGGCCGAGGCACUGUUGUAACUGGUACUCUUGAACGUGGUAAUAUCAAGAAAGGAGAAGAAUGUGAAUUCGUAGGGCACAACCGGAAUUUGCGCUCUGUGGUAACUGGUAUUGAGAUGUUCCACAAACAACUGGAUCGGGCAGAGGCUGGUGACAAUGUGGGAGCUUUGGUGCGGGGGCUGAAGCGAGAAGAUGUACGGCGGGGAAUGGUUAUGUGUAAGCCAGGCUCCAUUCACCCACACCAGAAGGUCGAGGCUCAGGUUUACGUCCUGAGUAAAGAAGAAGGUGGUCGUCACAAACCUUUUGUUUCCAACUUUACACCUGUCAUGUUUUCUCUGACCUGGGACAUGGCCUGCCGUGUAGACUUGCCCGCAGGGAAGGAAAUGGUGAUGCCAGGUGAGGAUGCCUCCUUUGUUUUGGUAUUGCGGCAGCCCAUGGUUUUAGAAGAGGGACAGCGAUUCACAUUAAGAGAUGGAAACAAAACCAUUGGCACUGGAGUGGUCACAAAGACACUACCACUAACUGAAGCUGAUGAGGAGAAGUGGGCAAAAUAGAUUCCUCUGAAGCAUGUCUUAUGAGGCUCUUUCAAUCCACUGAAUAGGAAUAACGUAAAACCUGGCAUUAAGUGAGGGCGUCACAAGACGUUAUGGGCAACUCUUAGAAGAAAAUCCCCGUUAUUGGUGAAACUCCAUCCAAAGUAAACUGCCUUGUAAGUGGUUAGCCCUCCAGUCUUGGCUGGGCUAAAGAGACAGUGGCCUAAUGUGUUCUGGUCAUUUCAUUGGGGGGGGGGGAGUUGAUUGAAU